AGAUGCAAACAAUUCUAUAGCUGAAUUAAAAUCCACGUUAAAUAAAAUCGUUAAAUUAACUGAAGAAUACAAUCCAAUUGACGUUACUUAUUACAUCGAUAUAUUAGAAAAUAAUAUUGUUAUAAUUUUACCACCUAAAGAUGAAGAAGAAGAACCUUCUGAUCCACUUAUGCAAAAACGUCAAGAAAGUUCUGGUGGCUCAAUAUCUGAAAUGAUUUUAAGUGGAUAUGGCAUAGUAAAUGGGGACAAAGCCACUCAGUGCUCAGCAGGUUUUUGGGCAAGAGAUUCAGUAAACCCAAAUCUUAUUUGUUCAGUUGGAAUUUCAAGUUUGGCUGCAUGUCUAGCUUUGAA